AUGGAAAUGACAGCUGGCACCGUCAAGAUCAACAAGCGCGACUAUGACUUCAUCAUGGAGGAGCGCCUUAAGGACGAUGUGUUCGCCUUGAAAUAUGAGGCCAUUGCAGCGGAUAAGAACCGCCGAGCUCGGCUUCUCGGCCUCGCGAAACAAGCCGCCGAAGAGACACUCAAAUGGCAGGACAUUGUCGAUGCGAGAGAAUACUGCAAGGGUCGCGUAGAACGAGGCCUGGAUCUCCAUGAAGGAGAUAAAGAAGCCUGGGCCAUGGACGCUAAAACGGUUCAGGAGUCCUUGGACAACGCCCUGAUGAAGGCCAACAAAAUAAGAGCGGAACAGCUCGCCCUCGACGAGGUUAUUUCUAAAAGCGUCGCCGCUUUGAAGAAAUACGUCGUCGAGGAACGACGAACCGACUUCGCCUACAAAACGGAUGACGGCGCGUUUUACAAGAUUUGCCUGGGCUCGGACGAUCUUGAACAGCCCAAGGCUGAAGAUGCCCGCAAGGUUGGGAUUGAGUGGCGUAAAGCAGUAGCGACAAGGGAGGGAAUCGCUUCCCUCACUUUCGCGAAAGCUAAAGAUAUCUUAUCACGCUAUACUCAAGCUAUUGGCCACGACCACCACAGCUUCCCGAACCUUAACCUCUGCCUCCAGAAUUUGCUGGAAAACAAGACAAUGUCUCGUUUCGAUUUCCUUCUCAGUUGUCGCAAAGCUUGCACUCAGGCGACCAUGUCUGACUUGUGCGACUGCAUCACCAGAAUGGCCUACAAUGAUGCAGAUAACAAGAUCUUGCACUCGUCCAUGGACCCUGACAAGAAUCGACAACAACGAUUCAUGCAGAACCAGCUCGAUUCUCAGGCGGAUACCCAGUAUUUGAGGAAACUCAAGCGGGAUCACGCCACAAUGACCGCGGAGGAAAAGAUCGAGUACGCCGACGACUUGAAGCGGGCGCAUGCUUUGGCUGAGAAGGAAAGUCGGGACAAGGCGAAGGCUGAGAACAAGCAAACUCGCCGUGGUGGCCAAAAGAACAAGCCGAGAGGUCGCGGAGGCAGAGGAGGUGAUUGA